GGAGUGACUGGAGCCCCACUGCAUCAUGGGAGUCACUUGAAGGUAGACCAAAACCACCACCACUAUCAGGUGUUGCCGCGAAGAUAUGGGGCAUGAUCAUCGCAGGCGCAGGGUUUGCCUUCUUUCUGGCUGUCAUACUCUUGAGGAAUGACAAAGGCACCUGGGUUUACAAGAAGAUCAAAGGUUCGCCCAUACCAGACCCAAGAAAAUCCUCCCUGAAGAAUAUGAAUUUCCAGAAUAAGUUGAGCCCUCACUCGACCAGCGAACUCUUUCUCUCCUUGAAACCGGAGGAUAUCAUCUCUGUAGAGGUAACCUCCAGUGUGGAUGCUGUGACACGGUGCAAGAAAGAGGCGGCACUGCUGGAGAAGAUGAAAAGCGAGAACGGCUAUGAGUCGACCAGUUCCAGCUUCUCCAAUCCCAGUUACUCCCACCUGUGUGCUCCUCCUCCGGUCUCCUCGUCCACCACAGGGAAUGUGGAGCCCUGUGCCGCUGAUACACCUAAUGGGUCUGUUGGUAGUCAGGGUGAUGGUAAAACUGCAGAAGAGGUUAGGGAGGAAGAAAGAAAGAAAGAACUGGAGAUCCAGCAGUUGCUUUCCAAAGGCAACAACAACAGUGAGCCAGUGCAGGUCAUUUCAGACUAUGAGAAACCGCCGGUCGAGCGCUUCAGGCUCCAGAGUCUUGACUCAGGUAUGUGCAGUGGCGAAGAGGUUAGUCAAGAGAGUCUGGAAGCAGAUAGCAUUGGUGCGCCUGACAGCCAUGAUGAGGGGUCAGAGGGCAAAGAGCAGGAGAGAGAGGGAGGGGAUGGAAAAGUAGAUUUCAAGAUGCUGUUUGGAGGCAGUGGAAGCCUUUUUGGCAAAGGGUCCAUUCAGGUUUGUUCUGAUUAUGAGCAAGUCCAGAGGAUGCCUCCUUGCAGUCCUGAGCUUCCGAGCAUGGAUUCAGGGGUUUGUAGUGGGAGCGAGGAGCAGUUGAGUCAUGAGGAGAGCCUGGAGGACUUUGAUAAGUCCAUCGAAUCCACAAGCUUCCAGUUUCCUCUGACUCUUCCCUGUACUUUACCAUGCGUCUUGUCUUCUUUCCCACAACUACCUUUGAAGUUCUCUGGGACAGAUAUGAGUCAACCUCUACAACCUUCAAGUCCAAGUCACAAACUGGCGGGGAUCGCUCUGAUGGCAAUGUCCAGGUCAAUGGAACCUUCUGGUGAUGGAUAUAUGCCAGCGAGACAGGAAGAGAGUUAAAAA